CGCCGGUUCAGCCAUAGUCCAGGUUUAGCCGCAGCAUUAUGUCACGAACGAUGUCUUCGACAUCAGCGAAGAUGUCUUCAUGGCACGGCAGCGUGCCUUCGAAUCUGUCCAUCGUUCCCACUGAACCAACCUUUUCGGAGAUGACUGCCAACAGUCGAGCAGCCAUCGGAAAUACGGGGCGAAUGUUUACCGAGAACUAUUGGACUCGUUCACGAGACUCUUACAAUGCCCACACCUUCUGGAGCUGGCAGCCAAGAACGAAAGGAAACAACGUCUGUCUGGCAACUUGGUGCACCUUAGGACGACUCAUAAUCGUCGUCGUGGUCCUCCUGGUAGGCUCCAUUUCGCUCGCAGUUUUACUUGCCGGUAGACGACGUCACAUAAAGACCGAAACCAUCGUCAUCAAGGGUCCUCUAGGCACAUUUCACGGCAUCGUAAACGAGGUAGAAGGCCGAAAAGUGUACGCAUUCCUUGGUGUGCCCUUCGCUGAACCACCAGUGAAUGCCCUGCGCUUCCAGAAACCAGCGCCAUAUGCAAUAAAACCAACCUCUGUCCUCGACUGCACGACGUUGCGACCCCCGUGCCUCCAGGGCGCCCUGGACAACGGAUCGGAAGACUGCCUCCAUCUCAACGUCUGGACACCCGUGUCCAACUGCCACGAUCCCAACGGAACGUCAUGCGCGGUGAAGACAGUCUUAUUCGUCUUACACGGAGACUACUUUCACGAUGGCGGAAACCACGAUCCGGCGAUGGACGGGAGGUUCGUGGCCUCCAUCGGGGACAUCGUGGUCGUUGUGCCGAAUUACCGUCUAAGCGUCAUGGGGUUUUUGAACGGGAAGCGCCAGACUGCUCCCGGAAACGUGGGGCUCGACGAUCAACUUCUGGCACUGGAAUGGACGCGGCAACACAUCGGUUAUUUUGGUGGAAACGCUUCCGACGUGGUUCUGAUGGGACAUGGCGCUGGAGCAACGUCUGUCGGAUACCAUCUCCUCCGCUCAGAGCAUGAACUCCAGCGAUAUAUUAAGAAAGCAAUACUGAUGGGCGAAACUCCGUUUACCAGGUACUCGGAGAACUCGGAAAAUACCACCCUUGCUCUACGUGACCUUGCCAGCAGGGUUUCGUGUGCGGGUGAGGAUACCGACAUCCUCCUUGAAUGUCUCCGCGGGGUUCCAGGAAGUACUAUUUACAGGGAGUAUACGCACAACAGACGGAACCCUUUCUAUCCAAGCUUCAUGGAGAGGUUUCCCAGCGCUCCCUCACCCCAAGUACUGCUUAAUCUCACCACGGUCCCUGGCAAGAACAUACUCAUUGGUUACACAUCGAAUGAAAUCUCGACGUACAUGUCUUACCUCCAAGCAAGAUUUGCGUGGAACCAACAGGCCGUGUACAACUACGUGAACAUUUUGCUGCACUUCCGUGGUUUCGCCAAUGCGGAAGAAAUAAUCUACUAUUACCGAUACAAUACCAGUAGCAAUACGUGGCUGAUGGACCUGCUCUCCGACAUGGGCAUGGUGUGCCCCGUGGUGUUCUUCGCUGAGUACCUUCUGAUGAGCGGUAGCAACGUCUACCGGUACCUGAUAGAACCGGAGAAUUCUGACGGCCCCAACCUACUGCACCAGGGACUUCGCUUGGUGUUCGGCGUACCGCUGCGGGGCAACGCCUCCGAGGCAGAGGCCACACUUUGCCGACACCUCAUUACCCUUUGGACAAACUUUGCGAGAACAGGCCAUGUUCCACGAACGGACGCCACGCGUCUCGCGGGAUACACAGUGUCCGUUCUACCCGUCAACAAGAUCGUCUUCGAGAAGGACGCUGGCGAGUCAACAUGCCGGAUGCUUCGCAGGCACUUCUUCAAGGAACAAGACACAAGUUCUUACACAAGCGGAGUUCAUACUUCAAAUUCAAUACUUCAUACGGACGCAUUUAGCAAUACACGCGAACAUGUCGCUUCUCGAUCAACUUCUGAGCGUGUUGACCGUGACACCUACUAUUCUCCAACUAUUGGUCUCCGAUAAUCAUGCGUCGUAGAAUCCAUUAAUGUAUAGACUGUGAUGGUAAAACUGUGUACAUAAGUCAUACUUCACGUCGCAGACUAGU